UUUGCCCUACCUUCACUCCUGUUUAUCAAAAACCUGUGAUCGAUCAGUGGAGGCCGAUUUACUACAUUCUGUUGGCUGAUUUGAAGCGCCAAAGAUCCUGAAAGUUAUUGAUAACGAAAGCGCUCGGGAUACGGAUUUGGUUGUGCUAGUUUGUAAAUCGUAGUUUCCCUGAUCGAACCCGGAAAACCCGUAAUUAUGUUGGGCUUGAACAGAAGGUGCUAUAAAAUUUUCCAAAGAAAAUACUUUUCUCUGUAAAAAGUGGAAAUCGGUUAUUACUGCGAUUGCGCCGAAAAGGGAAAAGUGACUGCCAGCGUGAGAGUUUGAGAACAUCGAAAGCAGCCGCACACCAGUAGCCUGCAAGAGAUUCAGAUAUUCGAAACGGAUUUAAUCGAUCAUCUUUCGAAGCGCGUGAAAGAAAGAAAAAAAAAGAAAAACGAGAAGAAGAGAGACAGGAGAUGUCAGUUACGUCGAAUGAAGUAUGAUACGUAGGAGUUUGUGAAGAAUAGGAAAAAGGCCAUCCUGACUGAACGCAAUCGACAUGGAGGGUGUUUUCAGUGUUGUGAAGUUGUGAUUAUAGUCUGAACGAAGCGAAAAGUAGCAGUUGCUGUAAUCAAAUCAACUGUGCCUCCGUUACAUGGUGCGGUAAAUGUCGUAUUUACUGAACAUCAUUAAUGCAGCAAGGGGGCUCAGGCAAUCGCCCCCGAAAUUGUUCAUUUGAGGCAUGUCGUAAUGGCAAGAGAGGAGUCUCGUGGCAAGAGGCCUUUAAAAAUCUGGGACAGUUGGCGUAAUGUCCGUAAAGGUCUCGUCGUGGGUAGUUUCGAGGAACUAAUAGUUAGAGGGAAAGACAAACUUGGAGUACCAGCAGCGGAACCGGUCCGCUUGGUUUUAGAAUGCGAUGGCACUCAAGUAGAAGAUGGAGAGUACUUCCGGACGCUAGCCAACAACACUGUCCUGUUAUUGUUACGACAAGGGGAGCGGUGGUACCCAACAGGUGUCGAUGUGAUCAAAGCUGCAAUAUCUGCUAUACCUAAAAUUGUCUGCGAGACUAUACAUGCCUUGGAGUUGCAGGAUGAAACACCAUCUUGGAAGAUUAUGGAUAACAAGGGACGUGUCACCGUUGUACUACACUGGGAUCAACGUCAGGGUGGUCAAGGGGGUGGCCAAAGUGGAAGUGGUAUUGGAGGAGGCCCAGGUGGAGGUGGUGGAGGAGUACUGAGUAAUGGUCCUAGUUCAGAAAAGUUUUCGCCUUCUAAAAAAAGCUUAUCAACCCAGAAUUCCCUUGAUAAAGGAUCUGUUUCAAGUCAGCAACGCUACCCAAGCCCGCAAAUCACGGUAAUAAAUCAUGACGAUCCUCAGUCCGCGAUAUACCACUCAGCGCGACGGUUAUCUAAACAAGGUGGUUCGUUUGACAGCGCUGUGGGAGCUGUACACAUUCACACUCCUGAAUGCGCGCAUCAUGCCCACACACCUACGCGGGCGGGAAGUCCUGGCGCAACUGAGUGCGAUUUCCAUUGUUGUGCAUUACACGAAGAAGGUCGGAAAAUAGCAGUUCACAAAAAUGUGGCUACGUCGCCGAUACAAGAUGGUUCCACCAGUCCACAACCGCCACCCAGCAGUUUGUCCGAUAGUCGGCGAACAUCUACUAGCAAAGGACACGUGCGCUUCCUCGACAUCGGUCCCGAGCGGGACAGCUCCGAAAGUGAAACAGAAAACACAGUUAUGGAAGAUGAAACUGUCACGUCGGAGAAAUUUUUAUUACUGAUUGACCAACUAUCGGUGGACCAAAAGCGCCAUCUUAGCAUAAAGGACAUCGGUAUUAUCCUCGAACGACUUAGUUCCAAAAUUCUAGAUGUAGAACGAUUGGAUCGCGAAAGUGAAUCCGACGAUUGCUACAACUGGACGAUCAAAGCAACGAUACGUGGUGAUGCGUUACGCGAGUUAGGUGUUAUAUAUAACGGUAAUUACUAUGCAAUAUCGGAACAUCCUGGUUACAAAGAAGAAAACGAAGAAAACGGCGAGGAUGUAGAAGAAGAAGACGAAGAUCGUUUAUAAAAAAGCUAGCAGAAGCUUAGCGUAAAAGAGAAUACAAUAAAACAAAUUGGGUGCAAAAAUGGAAACGAAACAAAAUGAGGAAAAAUAGACAGUGAACAUAAAGAUUGCAAAUGGUUGGCAAGUUCACAUUCACGGCUAGUGUGAAUCCGGAAAAUUGUCAAGGCGUAACCUGCUACAAUCGAGGUCAUUUCGAGUGUGGGCCGGAGAAUAGAAACGCUCUCGAAAAUUAACACGAAAGCUGCCAUAAACAACAAAAACGUAUAAAAAUAACUAUCUUAGUUUGUGAAAGCUAUUGCCAUUGAAGCAUCAUUGAAAAUAUCUAAAACCUAAAAAUAACAAAAUGGAAACGCACAUCACUGUAACCGUUAUUAAAAAAAAACAAGCAAUUAAUAGAAAUCAAUCUAAUGAAACAGGUACGGAGAAACGCGUGUUUCGAGUACGUAUGUGCACCGCAUACUGUGACAAACGCGUUUGCAACAUUUCACAGACAGAACCGUUGGACAAAAUGGACAUUUUAAGAAGCAAAAAAAAACGUAAAUGCAACCUUAGGCAUCACUCGUGUCUAAUUUCAUGAUAGAGUUAGUAGGUAAAACAAAAUAUGGGGUACGAUUGUCACCAUUUUCAGUAACGAGACAAACCGCGUAAUCAAUAACAAUAGUAAUCUGGUAAUACUGUAAUUAUUAAGAUAAUUUAGCCCAACAAUGAAUAAAUCAGAGGAAACAAACAUAAAAUCCAGAUAAACUCGUAAAUUGCAAUCGUAUCGCCAAACUAGGAUUUAAAUCAAAACAAAAUAAUAUAUAUUAUAUUAUUAAUAAAUUAUGUAUUUGAAUGCAUCAUUUCUGUAGGAAUGAUAAACUUUUUACUAAAAACAGAAAUGAAAAUGAUAGUUACGUAUCAAAUGAUUACCGAAUAAGUAAAUGUAUUUGUACACUUGCACAUAUAGCUGUGUAUACGUAUGAAUUCUUGUAUGUACGUGUGUAUAUUUGUAUGUGUAGGUAUGCACGUGUGUGGAUGUGGGUUAUAUUUGAGUCGCAAAGCCCCAACACAAACGAAGAGAAAACUGAAAUGGAUCUUUAGUCUCUUUUCUUUUCGAAAGUUUCCUUCAACAAAACAUAGUGAUCCAAAUUGCAUUGUAUGUAAAAAAUUAAAGAAAUAAACUAACAGAAGAGAAACAGACGAAAACAAUACAUACUCUAGCAUUUCCUAAAUGCCACGCUGAUCACAUUAUAGGAACUUUUUAAUAUAUACGUAGACUUAGCUACAGUAUAUUCCAGCGUUAGAAAACUGAAAUGUUGCGGCACAAGAGACCUUCGUAAGUCGUAACAGCGAAAAUAGCAAAACAUAACUUUGAACACGAUUCGCAUCCAAUCACUUAUUGAAAUACACGCAUGCCUACACAUACCAACAGAAUAAAAGUUAGCAGACCAUAUUUUCUACAUUCCCAAGAUCACGUACGCACACACGCAUGUACAUGAGCAUCCGAAGCAUACACGUAUAGAGAGAAACAUGCCUGUGCUGUAAGCACCACUCAUCAUGCUGACAGAUAUCGCUCGUACACUUUAGGGAAUACACGAAUGAAAAUUCAACUACAACAUAAAGCAACUAUUUAUAUAUAUAUAUAUAUAUA